AUGAAGGAUGGGCUGAAGGAUCCCAGACCUGUCACCGACAAAACAUUCAAGGAUAUGUGUCUCAGCAAUCUAUUCAGUGUAAUUAUUUCCUCUUGUCCAAAAACUACCCCCACAUGGUCAGCUCAAAAGGCCUUCAGAGCCCCUGGCAACUCUAUUUCAAAAGGAAUGUUUGAGUUUCUGCUGCAGUUCAUGGCAUUUCCUGAAAAUUACAGACUGGAAGGGAAACUGGAGGACUCUUUCCCUGAGCUGAUGAACCUCCUGAAAUAUCCAAUUGUCAUCCAUAAAAGGUACCUGCAAACAGUGGGUGUGCCCCAUCAGUGGCCCUACCUUCUUGCUUCUCUGGAUUACAUCAAGAAUCUAAUAGAGAAUGUGUCCGAUCCAUAUGAGGAUAUAUUGGAUUGGAUCAGCGUUGAGAACAGGUUUAAACACCUGAUGGGAUUCUUCUUCCAGGAGUUUGUCAAGUUCACAGAUAAGACGUACACGGUUUUCCUUCAAACCGGCGAGGAGGAGUUUGUGGAAGAGACUGACAUCCUCAUGCAAAACAUAGUUCAACACCCCAAUCUGAAAGAAGAGAAUGAAAAGUUGUUUGAAUACUCUAAAAAACUAGAGGAAGAAGUUGAGGCAGCAAAAAAGAAAUUGCUUGAAAGAAGAGAAGAAAAGGUGACUCAAGAUAAAGAAUUGAAACAAUAUGAGAAGCAGCUGGCAUCUUUGAAACAACUAAACAAAACUGGACAAGAACGCAAGAUCAGCAUGGAAAACUACAAGCAAAUUGAUGAGUUGCAGAAACUCGUUCAGUUGCGGGAACAAGAACUGGAGAGGCAGGAGCAACUUGGAUUCAACGUCAACCAACUUGAUGCCGAGCGCAAAACUAUCUUGACCAAAUAUGAGACCAUGGAAGGAAGGAGAAAAGAACUGGAAGAGGAAACCUUGAAACUGAGUGAGAUGAGGAAAGAAAAGAAAGAUGAGAUCCUGAAAAAGGUCUCAAUGCUUGAGAAGUGCAUCAGGGAGUGUUUCAUCAUGACGAAAGAGGAGGAGGAUGUCAUGUUUGCUCUGAAGUUCGACAUCAAUGAUGGUGAAUCAUUCGACUGCGAUGUCAUCACAUUGAAGAACUUAGUGUACAAACAAAUCAAACCUCGAGUAGAGAGAGAGUUGAUGGAAGACCAGGCUACCCUCAACAAUGAUCGCCUUCGUGAUCUCACUCAGAAGCUACAGGUCAUUAAAAAUGAAAUUAUCUCCAUUGACGAGUUGACUCGCAAGGUUGAAGAAGAUAUGCUGAGGAAAAAAGAGGAACACGAGGUGUAUGUGUCACAUAGAAUCAAUCAGCUCAAGAACUUAGAGGGUGAGUUAGAGAUGAUGAAGAAGAAGGAAGAAAGCAUGAUUGCGAGAUGUGAAGAGGCUGAGAGGAAUUUGAAAGAAUUGGAAGAGAAGAAGAUGAAAGACAGAGAAGAACACUUGAAGGAUUUUGAAGAAUGGGCAGUUGAUUUUAAAAAGCAGAACAUCAAGGCUUUGAAAAUGCUGUCUUCGGCACAGGUUGUCAGUAUUAUGGCUAUCUUAGAGCCAUGCUCUAAACUGCUUUCUUUUUUUCCUCCAGAAACUUUUAAUCAGUUCAAGAAAUACACAAAGAAACAAACUCGUAAUAUUGAAAAAUUUCUCUCACAAGUUGCUGGUCUCGAUGGCGACAGCCAUCUCGCCACCGUUAAAUUUAAACAAAUUAACGUUGACUUGGAAGAUAAAAGAGUGCAAAUUGUACAUAUCUGGAAGUAUCAGUCAACUGCCAGAACAUUACAUCACCAAUGA